AGGUCAUAAGCAGGAGCUGCUGACUCUAAGAACGUUGCAGCACAGAGAGGCAGCAGCCUGUGUGAGGAGAACAUCCAAGGGGAGAGCUCCCACUCUGCUGCCAGGAGGCAGGAAGACCAGCUGGGAAGCUUCUACCAUUCCUGCACCUUCCUUUGGGCUGAUUGUGUGAUGGAGUUACAGAACUGCUGCAGCUGUACCCGAGCGGCCGCAGAGCCAAAAGCCCUCCGAGGUUGAGCUUUUUUGUCUCCCUGCAAGAAAACAGUGUCAGAAUUUCCCAGAAAAAAAAAUAAGGAGGGGAAGCAGCCAUGAGAACUGCCCUGCUCUUCGCCUGCCUGCUGGGGGUGGCCUGUGCCUACUCGGUCAAGAGCUGGCUGCGGCGAGCCAAGUCCGACCACCUGGAAGGAAACGCGGUGCUCAAGAACAGGCACCAGUACUACCUGUACAGAUACGCCUACGCGCACCCCUGGCUGCGGCGCUACCAGGGCAGUGACUCAUCGGAGGAAGAGGAGGGUGGCUCGGAGGAGGAGGAGGCAGGAGGGGAGCCAUUCUAUGCUGGCACCAAGACAGCUGAUGCCCUGGCAGGAGCAGCCCCCAAGGACAGCCAGGCAGGGCUGGGUGGUGACGUCGUGUCCCCGCAGCAGGGUAAAGGCUGCCAAGAGCCCCUGAAAGGAGGCAGGAAAAUUGCUGCUGGCAAGGGGGAUGACUCUGAAGAUGAAGAUAGUGACGAGGAGGAGGAGGAGGAAGAAGAAGAAGAAGAGGAAGAAGAGGUAGCUGAGAAUGAGAAUGGCAUCAAUGGCACAAGCACCAACACCACUGAGGGGGCAGAUGGAUUUCACGGCAAUGGCACCGUGGUGGCCGAGGAGGGCACUGGUGCAGCUGAGGAGGAGGAGGAAGACGAUGAUGAGGAGGAGGAAGAAGAAGAGGAGGAGGAGGAAACUGAAGCCACCACCGUGGCCAGCACCACCGCUGAAGAGGAGCUGUCCCAGGCUACCACCGCCCCGGACGGGGGACCCACCGAAGCCACCACCGCCGGGGAGCUGUGGGAGUACGACGUGACAGCCGGGGGCCGGGGGGACGAAGGCACCACGGAGAGCAGCUACCGGGAGGAGGAGUACGGCCGCGGGGACAGCUACCGAGCCUACGAGGACGAGUACGGCUACUACAAGGGGCACGGCUACGACGUGUACGGCCAGGACUACUACUACAGCCAGUGAGGGGCUGCGGGUGCCCUCCCAGCGCUGCCCACCCUUUGCCCGCCCCUCCCACUCAGGACCGUGCCUUUGAAGGCUCCCCAGCCGCCGUGGGCAUCCCCCCCCUCUCCAUUCCCGUGCCAGGCGGGGUGCCAACCUGCGGAGCACACCAGCCCAAGCUUCUUGGUUUGUGCCUUGCCAAGUGAAAUGCAAUAAAAGCAACCCAAGUGA